AACUUGCCAAACACCGCGUAUUUCCAACAGGUUAUGAGCCCCGGCGCUCUCUGAGUGUCCGUGUAGGUGUUCUAGGCAUUAUCGCGGUUACUGAUAGUGUUUAGGCUUGGCGCGAUUCUGGUCGCUCUGGUCGCUGAGCACCAUGGGCCUCCCUAAGCUCGACAAGCUGAAGGACGCGAAAGGCUGGCGCGCAUUCCGCGUGGACUUCUGGGCGAUGUGCGUCGUGGAGGAGUGCGUCGACGCCAUCGAUGCUCCCAUGCGCGCUACUCGCGAGCAGCAGCGGCGUGCGCACGCCCUGCUCACGCUGCACGUGGAGGCGCCCUACAAGCAGCUGGUUACCCGUCGCGCAUCAGCCCGCAGCACGUCGCGCUGUGAACGGCUGAAGCGGAAAGCGCAGCCGUGGGAGCUGCGUGUGCUGUGCUAGUGACGGCGUGCUUUGCCGUGGCGCUGGCUGUAUGCUGAGUAUGUUGGUGAGGCAAUCACUGCAUGGAGCUAGCUGGAGCUGGAGCUGAGGAGCUAGUGUGCGACGCGUGAUGCGUGGGGAAGUUUAGAAGCAUGGUUACGGGACCGGGCAUGGGUUUCCGUGGGAGCCAUUGUGCGGUAGUUGGUAACGCCGGAUUGCGCGUGCCUGAGCCAUGUGCAGGACCAUAUGCGUGGCAGACACUACAGACUUGCGGCGUGCAAGUACUGUGACGUAAUGACUGCGGUGAUAGCAGCAUGCGUGAUAAGCUGCAGGUUAUAUGCAGCGGUUGGUACUGCGGUUAAGCAGUGCUGUUGUCUACCAAGGGCGCGAGCGGCCUAGCUUGCCAAGGGUGUAGAUGUGUGUGCGAAGUGUGUGACUUGCGGAUUGAGCAAGCACGACGGUUAGGUCUUGUCCGACUAAACAAGCCUGGUAGCAUGUUUGCCGGUGUGCGCAACAUGAGAUUGAUUGAUUGGUGCGAUGCGGUAGAAGCAUGUGGGUAGGAUGAUGUAAUGGACAUGCGAGAUGCAGCGGAAAGCGUACGGUGAUUAAGACAUGCGAUUUAUUGAUUGACCUAUCUAGCGUGAGACGGCUAGAGUCACGUGGGAGCUACGUUAGCUGUGGAGGCAUGAGUAGUGCAGGAUGCGAAAUGAUUGACGUGUGUUCGUGCCGUCGACCACGUGGGAGUGUUGGAAAGUCGCCGGUAUGGUCGACUGUCACUCACACUAGUUACACGGGUUACACCGAACGUUAGGCAAUGCAGGAAGUAGCAUGCCUAGGAAAGUGAGGAUGAACGGGCAAUGCAACAGGUGCUGCGGGCGCAAGUAGCCGGGGAAGUUGCAUGCGGACGUUGCGCGAUCUAGGCGGGAUAUAAGCCGGCGUUGGCACGCCGGACUUACACCAGUCUUAUUCUACCUUACUGGGUCAAUGUAACAGUAUAAGGAAAGCUAGCCUACGCGAGCCUGCUAUUCAGUAUACCGGAUGCGAUAGGAAACUUGCCAAACACCGCGUAUUUCCAACAUGUGGUGUCCUGGCUGGCUCUGCAGUGGCGGUGUGGCUGCUGAGCACCUGGUUUGGCUAUGUGCCUGUACAGACCGACCCCGGCUAUGUCCGGGUGAUGAGGACGUUCGGCCUCAGAGAGUGGAGGGGCUCAGCCCCUUUUCCCGUGGCAGGGGGACACUUGUCCUUGUUUGGUAGCACACGCGCCCACGCCGUAAAGACGCAGGCCCUGUCACACAUAUGACGUCUCAAGGAGAGCUUAUUUCCGCCUGGACUGCUGGGA